CUUUACCCUGAUGGAUGAGUUAGUAGCUGGAUGGAUGGAUGGAUUGAUAGUCGAUGCAUCCAUUGGCUUACCAUUCUGUGAGAUGGAAAUCAAAAGAGAACGAUACUGCGGUUGCGCUUCUUGCCUCCAGUUACCCAGCUGCGGCGAACUUCCUGCCUCACGCUGAAACUUGUACAUGUCAUCUUUUCAAUUAGUAAAAUCUAAUUUUUCUGGCAGUCACAAAACUUGAUAUGUGUGUUUUGUGGAAGCGCGUGAAUUGGGAAUUCUGCUUGCAUGCGCUAUGAGUGGCCGUAAACCUGUUUUUCGCUUUGGAGCGGGCGGAUCAGCCAAGAAUACCAAAGAUCCUCAGGUGAAUUUUGUUUUUCAACUCCCAGGCGGAGGCACCUCUACACCUGGAGGCUUCAACUUUGCUCCUCCUACUACGCCAACUGCGACCUCAUCCUUCAAUUUUGGUGCGAAUACGGCAACUCCCACUCCAGCAUUUGGAAAUCCUUCAUCUACGUUUGGAGCUGCUCCUCAGCCUCCCACUCCAACCAACCAGCAACCCUCGUUUAACUUUUCAUCACAACCCGCCAAACCAUCACCGCUAGGCUUUGGUACAAAUAAUACUGCUCAAAAUACGUCGGUAUUUGGUGCUCCUCCACAGGCAAGUCCGUUCGGCGCACAACCGAGUACACCAACCGGAACCUUUGGUCAAGCAGUGCAAAACAAUGCAUUUUCAUUUGGAGCCAGCAAUCCGCCAGCCGUAGCAUCGCCUUUUGACAAGCCUGCUUCCACCACGACACCGACAUCCUCCGUGCCAACUUCACAGUUCGCCUUUGGUAGUAACCAAGCUGCAUCAUCUCCAUUUGGCGCAGCGUCCAAUAACGCGCUCCAAUCUCCAUUACGACGAGCGGUAUCCGAUGUGAGCGGAUUAAACCAAAACUCCCCACUUAAUAAGCCCACAUUUGCAAGCGGAAACGUUUUUGGAGGAAUGGCUGCUACCAGUACACCAUCAGCUACAAUGCCUCCAUCUGUAGCGCCCGCUGCUCCUUCUGCAACAUCUUUUUCGUUUGGUAGUGCAUCGUCUGGCAUAAAUGCUACUGCUGCGCCUGCUACUUCAGCGAUGCCAACUGCCUCAACUUCAGGGUUUUCUUUUGGAGCGAGCUCUGCUACACCAGCGUCUCCAGCUAUAAACGCAUCAACCUCCGGGUUCUCCUUUGGAGCCAGCUCUCCGGCAUCGACUCCAACGAAGACCGAGCCACCAAAAGCAAUUGGAGGAUUUUCGUUCGGCGCGCCAAGCACACCUUCUGCCACUAGCUCUGCGGCCUCCAAGCCAUUUUUUUCUUUCACGAAACCUGCAGAAUCAGAUACAAAAGCAACUCCAGCUACUACCCCCACCUCUGAACCGAAAAAAACUGAAAGUAGCUCAUUUAGUUUCCUCAAAUCUGAACCAUCCACUGCCGCCACUACCACUUCUACAUCAUCCGCAGCGCCAACAUUUUCCUUCAGUAGUACUAGUACUUCCAAAGCAGAUCAGACUCCUUCGCUGCUUACUAGUAAGCCGGCCGAUGGUGGAUCCGCCGCGAAGACCUUUACGUUCGGAACGAGCACUGCAACUACUCCCAGCACGACAACCACAGCAACCAGCACAGCACCUAAGUUUAGCUUUGGGCCUUCUACAUCUGAAAAAAAGGCUGACUCUGCUACAACUACUGGUGCGGCCACUACUUCAGCAAGCGCUGCACCUGCUAUACCUACAAUUCAAGUACCCGCUCAACCAUCAGAGUUUUCAUUCGACAAAAUAUUAGAACAAAUGAAAGUUACUUCUAUAUCAAUGCCACAAGAAAUUCAAUUUUCUUUGGCUAAUGCUGGCAUGCCUGGAAAGAUGAUGUAAGUAAAACUGUUUAAUCAAGUACAUUUCCCGAUGAUGGCCACUAAUUUAUGAUGUUCGAAACAAGUGGUCAGCAAGCGAUGAUUCUACAAUCCACGA